UUCCAUGCGAACAACACCAAAUCAUUUCCUACCUCAAGACGCUUGCUUCGCUUUCUUCGUCAUACACGUGGAUGCUAUUCCUUCUCUCCUCCUGGCCCCCAACUAUUUCGUGAGGCCUAUAUUGCCCUUAGCAGUUGCUCCUUUCUACCCAACUCAAAUUCGGCGUGCUCUUCUUCUGGAAACUUCUCCCCAGCAGAAAAAUAAGAGAUCAGAACGGGGAUAAUAUAGUCUUUUUCCCUUGUCGACUUGAUCCAACUCUGUUCUUCAUAAUCCUGCUCUGUUGAGCAACUCUUUCUGCCAAACAACCGUAGAAAGUUAGAUAUGGCUACCAUCUCUCAAUUCAAUCGAUUUCCGUGCAACACUCUCUCUAGCUCUACGCCUCGUCCAACUCCUAACUCUCAAUCCACUUCCACACCCUCAAUUCCUCUUUUUUGCUCAAUCAACACCACCAACUCAACCUCCAAAUCAAGACUUCUCACCACAUAUCCUAUCAAGCUAAGGCCCCUCUUCUUGGUUCGGGCUGUGGAAGACGACGACGAAUGGGGUCCAGAUGAGGAUGGCUCUGGUUCUGCCUCUACGGUUGCGCUGGCUGAGGAGGACAAGCCUAAGGAGUUAACGGAGAUUGAUCGUCUCAAGAAACAGUUGGUGGAUUUGUUUUAUGGGACCAAUCGUGGAUUGAGUGCUAGCAGUGAGACUAGAGCUGAGAUCGUCGAGCUUAUUACGCAGCUUGAAGCCAAGAACCCUACCCCCGCGCCCACUGAGGCAUUGGCUCUGCUCAACGGCAAAUGGAUUCUGGGGUACACUUCUUUUUCACGUUUAUUUCCACUGCUGUCAACGGGUGCCUUUCCAUUGGUAAAGGUGGAAGAAAUAUCCCAGAUUAUUGAUUCGGAGACUUUCACUGUCCAGAAUUCUGUUCAGUUUGCUGGUCCACUAGCUACUACUUCCAUCAGCACCAAUGCUAAAUUUGAAGUGCGAAGCCCAAAGCGUGUGCAGAUCAAGUUUGAAGAAGGCAUCAUUGGGACUCCCCAACUGACAGACUCUAUAGUAUUACCUGAAAAUGUGGAAUUCCUAGGGCAAAAGAUUGACCUCACACCCAUUAAGGGUUUAGUAACUUCUGUCCAAGAUACAGCAUCAUCGGUAGCAAAGACCAUUUCCAGCCAACCACCAUUGAAGUUUCCCAUCUCAAACAACAGUGCUCAGUCAUGGUUGCUGACCUCAUACCUUGAUGAAGACCUUCGUAUUUCCAGAGGUGAUGCUGGCAGCGUUUUUGUUCUUAUCAGGGAAGGCAGCCCACUCUUGACACCCUGAAUAAACUGGCAUGAAUGAGGAUUCCCCUUGAUUAAAGUAGUACUGCUUUUACAAUGAUAUAAUGGAUUAUGUGAUUGUGUAUACAAGCAAAGUAGAUGUGGUUUACAAAUCAUUAUGUGUUUUUUUUUUUUUUUUUUUUUUAUUUUGUAAUAAUUAGCAAUAAACUUAUUAUUAUCUUUUUAUAAUAAAAGAAAUGCCAAAAAAAAAUAAUGUAAAAAUUACUAUUCCUA